AUGAGCCCGACGGAGAAGAGCACGGAGGGGGAAGGGUCCCCGCGCGCGGAGGCGUUCCUCGACAUCCUCGGCCGCGUCCCGCCGGCGGAUGUGGAGGCGGCGCUGACCUCCUGCGGCGUCGGCCCGACGGCGGAGGCCGCGGAGCAGGUGCUCAAGUCCCCCAUCUGCUACUCCCGGCCCAAAUCGGCCGUCCGCUUCUUCCGGUGGGCGAAGCGGUCCGUGCAGCUCACCGCCUACGCCUGGAACCUCCUCGUCGACAUCCUCGAAAGGAGGGAGACAAGAGGAGCUGCGGGGUUGGGUUUCUGCUGCUUAAGCAAGCUGUGGUAUACAUCUUCAAAGGGCACUUGGAUGGAGGUAUUUGGUGCAGCGGAUAUGUUUUUGCGAAGUUGUUUUGCACCAAAAAGGUUCUUUGGAAGAUGUUUCCUUCUUGGGGAAGAAACAGUUGCAGAGAUGGUUGUGAACUUCUAAUGCUAGUCUUAGCUAUUCAUUUCGUUCAAUCAGGAACAGUCUGCUGCCUUUUUUU